AUGUCGGGUACUGAUGCUUACCACACGCGUGUUCGUGGAUUCGGGUACUCGGUGUAUACGGACCUGGUGUUCCUGGUGCAACUCAAAAUGAAUGUGGAUAUCUCUGAGCUUUGGGCCACGCUGGCGGCCUUGUGGCAGGCAGCGAACGAUAAAAAGAAGGCAAAUAUCUCUGGGCUUUCAGAGCCUUGGGCCAAGCUGGUGGCCUUGUGGCAGGCAGCUAACAAAAAGUUCUGCGGUGAUGCGGAGGCCGAUUAUCGCAGGUACUUGUGCCAGCUGUUCAUCGACAUGAAGGGACGCGAUGAGCUUCCGUACCUGGAUACAAUUCCUCCUCAAGAUUGCCUCGAUGACUUCAAGUGGUCGGCCGAUGUCACCGAGCAGGCGCGCAUCACCGAGUGGCUGGCCUUUGCGGCUAGCUGGGUGCAGUACGGCGUCCUCACCGCCCGCGCCAUAUUCUCGUUCGGGGGCUCCUACGACGCGCUGGGCACCGCCCGCGCCGAGCACUCCCUGCGCGAGGCCCAGCUGCGCGGCGUCAAGUCGCUGCAGAUCCUGGACUGGCAUCUGUGCGACGUCGAGUGGCUGGCGUUGGGCCGCCCCACGAGCGCCAAUAUCGCGUUCUUUGUCUAUGUGGCGCUCGCGCCCAUGGGUGAUGUCUCGUUGCAGCCGUUCGGGAAUGUUCGCCGCUGGAUUGAGCGCGUGAAAACGCUGCCGCGGUUUGUGCCUAUCCUGGGGCUGGCUGAUCCUUUGUAUCGCAGGAGCAGAUAG